UCUGUCCGACUGUACUUCUUUAAGAUCUCCUUAAUCAUCUGUGCAUUAAGGUGUGGUGCGGUUUUAUAUCUAUCCAGGAGGGUCUGCGUUUCGCCAGUCAGUCAGAUCUGUUUAUGAACAAAGAUGGCUACCUUCACCAACCACUCAACCAAUGAGAGCAGCGGGCAAAACUGCCGCUGUCGCUUCAAGGAGGACUUCAAGUACAUCCUGCUUCCUGUCAGCUACACUCUGGUCUUCGUGAUUGGCCUAGCCCUGAACUUCACGGCCAUGUACGUGAUCCUGUUCCGUACAAAACUCUGGAAGCCCUCCACGGUGUACAUGUUCAACCUGACAGUGUGCGACACCCUCUACAUCCUCACCCUACCCUUCCUAAUCUACUACUACGCCGACGAGAACGACUGGCCCUUCAGUGAGCCGUUCUGCAAACUCAUCCGCUUCCUGUUCUACGCUAACCUCUACGGUUCCAUCCUGUUCCUGUGCUGCAUCAGCCUGCACCGCUUUCUGGGUGUGUGUUACCCGAUUAGGUCCCUGAGCUGGGUCAGCGCCAGGAGAGCCCGGCUGGUGUCUGUGGCGGUGUGGGCGUGUGUGUUGAUGUGCCAGGCUCCCGUGCUCUACUUCUCACGGACCAGGGACGAGGGAACGGAGAGGGUGUGUUUUGACACCACCAGUCCAGAGUUAUUUCAUGACUUCCUAGUGUACAGCUUGGUGGUAUGUAUGCUGCUGUUUGCCUUCCCCUUCAUGGUGGUGAUGGUGUGCUAUGGACUGAUGGUGAGGAAGCUUCUGGAGCCCACCUGGGGGGCAGGAGGGAGCCAGUCGAGGGGAGUCGGGAGGAUCGCUCCUCAUCGCUCCAAACAGAAGUCUGUGAAGAUGAUAAUCAUUGUGUUAGCAGCGUUCAUGCUGUGUUUCCUACCCUUCCACCUGACCAGAAGUCUGUACUACUUCCUCAGAUACCUGGAGCAGAUGGACCCCUCCCAGGUGAGCUGUGAGCUGCUGAAGGCGUCCAGCCUGGCUUAUAUGGUGACACGCCCCUUGGCCAGCGCCAACAGCUGUGUGGAUCCCGUACUUUACUUCAUGGCUGGGCAGGGUUUCCGUAGUAACCUCGGCAACAAAAAUCAGAGCAUCGCCAAGGAAACCAGGAAGCGUGAUGGCGGCCCUUUCGAAGCAGCACUGACUGUCAGGAGAGUCAAUCUAUGUACUGAAUAGCUACGGAACCGAGUGAACUCCAUUGGACAAACACACUGGAAGGAUGACUGGCUCCUCUAAACGGAAUAUUAUUUAGCCCAUUUUAUUAGCCUGUUUGAAGGAGAAUGUAUGUCAUGAUAUUUUACUGAAUGUUCUUUCCCUGACUGGUAAAUACUGGGAGAUUACAACAUACAAUAGAAAUACCAGAUGUCUUACUUGAAAGUGAGAGGGGAAUACAGUAACUCAUUGACUGAAAUCUGACUUAGCUAAGGAAGCUAAAGGCAGGAAGAAAUACACUGGUUGAUGCUGAGGGUGUAGAGAGAAUAGAUGCUGUUAUAACAUGUCAGGGACGUUAGUGAUACUGUAAUCUCAAUAAACAGUAAAUAUAUAUUUAGGGGCCGCUGAUUGUAGUGUAUCUAACAAAUCUUUCUUCAGGAUUACAUACACCACACACAGACUGUAAAUCAGUCUUAAGAGGACCUCCUCGUAAGAGCAUUCAGAGAGAGUUGUUCAGCUCCAGGCAUGACUUGGGCAAGUUCUUGGGUGUGUCUGGAAAGUCAUGAAUUAACAUCCCAAAGACUCACAGAUGGAGCUGGAUAUAAUCCAGACAGAGAGCUUUAUAGAAGCAACACAGGCUCACUGCUAGCUGGCACAACUACAAAUUACUCAGAAAAAACUCAUGCUUAACCCGUAAGAGUCUAAGCCCUGUCUAAGCCGGAGGGAGGACGGGUGCAUUUUUUAAGAAGGUCAUACCAAGGAUCAUUUAGCUUCUUGAUUUUGAAUUGUAAGACCCCUUGAACUAUCAAAAAAUACAAAAUGCAUUAAAUAACAGAUUCACUACAACAGAGUCCCCCACAAAAAACCUAAAGGAAGUUUGUUCUGAAGUGUCUAUCAUAUCUGAACGAUAUAAGACCAGGAAACAUGUGUUUGUAUGUGUUUUUUUGGACAUGUAUUUAAGCCCUUAUUUUUGACACUAGUCGCCAUAUACUCUACUGGUCAAAUGUUUAAGAACACUUACUCAUUCAAGGGUUUUUCUUUGUUUUUACUAUUUUCUACUUUGUAGAAUAAUAGUGAAUACAUCAAAACUAUGAAAUAACACAUAUGUAAUCAUGUUGUAACCAACAAAGUGUUGUAACCAAAAAAACAUAUUUUAUAGUUGAGAUUCUUCAAAUAGCAACCCUUUGCCUUGAUGACAGCUUUGCACACUUGGCAUUCUCUCAACCAGCUUCACCUGGAAUGCUUUUCCAACAGCUUUGAAGGAGUUCCCACAUAUGCUGAGCACAUGCUGGCUGCUUUUUCCUUCACUCUGCAGUCCGACUCAUCCCAAACCAUCUCAAUUGGGUUGAGGUCGGGGGAUUGUGGAGUCCAGGUCAUCUGAUGCAGCACACCAUCGCUCUCCUUCUUGGUAAAAUAGCCCUUGCCCAGCCUCGAGGUGUGUUGGGUCAUUGUCCUGUUGAAAAACGAAUUAUUGUCCCACUAAGCCCAAACCAGAUGGGAUGGAGUAUUGCUGCAGAAUGCUGUGGUAGCCAUGCUGGUGAGCCUUAAAUUCUAAAUAAAUCACAGACAGUCACACCAGCAAAGCACCCCCAGACCAUAACACCUCCUCCAUGCCUCACGGUGGGAAAUACACAUGCAGAGAUUUAUUUAUUUAUUAUUUCACCUUUAUUUAACCAGGUAGGCUAGUUGAGAACAUGUUCUCAUUUACAACUGCGACCUGGCCAAGAUAAAGCAUAGCAGUGUGAACAGACAACAACACAGAGUUACACAUGGAGUAAACAAUUAACAAGUCAAUAACACAGUAGAAAAAAAAGAGAGUCU